AUGGCUGCCAACGACUAUUAUGGUGAUUUCCGACCUCAACCUACUCACAGUCAACCCCCUUCCUACCAUGACGAUGACUACAACCACAAGAGCCCGGUAGACGAUUCACACCAAUUACAUGCCUUUCCUUCCACAGCAUCGCAAACACCCUACAAUUCCCAUCCCGACAACUACGGUCAUCAGCCCCAAUACAGUCAGAACUCCUUCACCGAUGAUACCCCUUUUGUGGGCGGGAGAAAUCAUCCUGCUGACCAGUAUGGAGAAGACAUCCCGCUGAAAGCAAAUGCCCAGCCGCCGCAGGCUCCUGGUUCACACUGGAUGAAUGAAAAUACAAAUUACGACGCAGGAAUGCCAAUGGAUCCAGUGAUGGGCACAAGGAAAAAGCGAAGGCGGACUCAGAAAGGGGGAUUUUUUGGCAAGAAGACUCCAUGGGUUACAUGGUUAUUGACAGCAGUCGACAUUGGCGUAUUUGUUGGAGAAUUGAUCUAUAGUGCCCAACUGACUGGCAGUCCCAUCGAAAUACACCCUAGCUUCAACCCUAUGAUCGGACCGUCUCCCUACGUUCAGAUCAAUAUGGGCUCUCGUUUUGUCGCGUGCAUGAAGAAUAUCCCCGGUGUCCAAGAUGCGAACACAACGAUCAGUUGGCCAUGCCCAAACACAACUUCAUCUGACGCCAGCUCCUCUAUGAAUCAGUGUACCCUGUCGGAGCUAUGUGGAUUCAGCGGUGUGCCGAAUCCUAAACCAAAUGGCUCUCUAGACGACCAGCCGGAACCCAAUCAGUGGUUCCGUUUCAUUGUGCCUAUGUUUUUGCACGCCGGGCUUAUUCACAUCGGAUUUAAUAUGCUUAUGCAAAUGACUGUCGGGGCAGAUAUGGAGAGGAGGAUUGGAUGGUGGCGUUACGCACUGGUUUAUUUCUCAAGCGGCAUUUUUGGGUUUGUGAUGGGCGGUAAUUACGCAGCGCAAGGUAUUUCGUCAACUGGCGCUUCGGGCGCAUUAUUUGGGCUGGUUGCAUUAAGUCUAUUGGAUCUCCUGUACACCUGGGGCGAAAGAAGAAGCCCAUGGGUCGAAUUAAUCUUCCUGAUCAUCGAAAUCGCCGUUUCAUUUGUGUUGGGACUGCUCCCCGGUCUCGACAAUUUCUCUCAUAUUGGUGGAUUUAUCAUGGGAUUAGCCAUGGGUCUCUGCAUGAUGCGAUCCCCCAAUUAUAUACGUGAACGAAUCGGCCUUCAGCGUAGACCAUAUGUGGUCAUGAGCGGUGGCGCUGGUCCUCCUCCCGCUGACGACGACAAUAAUAGCAACAUCACCAACAACAAUUCUGACAACAGCAAGCCGAACCGUUCAAUGACCACUGGACGCUUCAUCGGUGUCUUUCAAGGAAGGAAACCGCUUUGGUGGGCGUGGUGGCUAGUUCGCGCUGGAGCUCUAGUCGCUGUGAUCAUUGGCUUUAUCCUGUUGGUGACGAAUUUUUAUAAAUACCCCAAGUCGAACUGUUCUUGGUGCUACCGAUUGAGUUGCCUGCCCAUCAAGAACUGGUGUAGCGUAGGAAAUCUGGACCUAACGACCACAUCAACUUCAUCAUAA